GCCUUACGUCGCGCGGACCUCGCUCCGCGGUGCUGUCUCACCGGUGAGGCCGAGAAGCCGGCGAGUUCCGCACCCUGUCGAACCUGCAGCCCCCCACCUCCCGCCGCCAUGGAGUACCUCAUCGGCAUCCAGGGCCCCGACUAUGUCCUUGUGGCCUCCGACCGCGUGGCCGCUAGCAGUAUUAUCCAGAUGAAGGACGAUCACGACAAGAUGUUUAAGAUGAGUGAAAAAAUCUUGCUGCUAUGUGUUGGAGAAGCUGGAGACACUGUACAGUUUGCAGAGUAUAUUCAGAAAAAUGUGCAACUUUAUAAAAUGCGAAAUGGUUAUGAAUUGUCUCCCACAGCAGCAGCUAAUUUCACACGCCGAAAUCUGGCUGACUGUCUUCGGAGUCGGACCCCGUAUCAUGUCAACCUCCUCCUGGCUGGCUACGAUGAGCAUGAGGGCCCAGCACUCUACUAUAUGGACUACCUAGCAGCCUUGGCCAAGGCACCUUUUGCGGCUCAUGGCUAUGGUGCUUUCCUGACUCUCAGUAUCCUGGACCGAUACUACACACCAACUAUCACACGUGAGAGAGCAGUGGAACUUCUAAGGAAAUGUCUAGAGGAGCUCCAGAAACGCUUCAUCCUGAAUCUGCCAAACUUCAGUGUUCGAAUCAUUGACAAAAAUGGCAUCCAUGAUCUGGACAACAUUUCCUUCCCUAAACAAGGCUCCUAACAUCAUACCCUCCCUCCCACUUGCCAGGGAACUAUUUUUGAUGGGCUUCUUUAUUUUUUUCUACUCUUUUGACGUGCACUCUUCAUAGAUGGUUAAUUAAGAAUAAAUCUGAAUAUGGUUAAAUUGAGCUCUCUGGUUUGAGUCUCAGUUUAGCUAACAUCCCCUCAGAGGGGAAAUGCAGGAAGGAAUUAUUUGCAAUGGACUUUUUGCCGGGACUACCUUCCCUCCUGUCUCCUUCCCUUCAUGAAUGCCCUAGUUGCCCUUUAGCAGCUGGCAGCCUCUCAUUCUAUUUCAGGGCCCAGUAUCCUUUCAAUUUAGCUCUUCAUAUGGCUUGCUUACUAAUGUUUCAUUCACACUAAAACAGUGAUUCUUACUGCCUCUACACUUAAAUAUUUUUAAUUAAUUAGAAUAGGUGACAGGUACUUAGGAAAAAAUGUAAACAGUACAGAUGAAUAGUAAAAAAUGUUUCUUCUGUCUCUAUAAUUUGACCACCUGUUUCCUUUCCCAGAGGACACUUCAGCUACUAAUUUCUUCUCUAUCCUUUAAGCGAUAUGCUAUUCCUAUGUA